CCCUCCUCCAAAGUCCAAACCCUCGUCUUGAUCCUUGUCCCCAAAAUCUCGCCGCCGCCGCCGCCCCUGUGUUCCGUCGCGACGCCACUCCGCAGCUCCCCCUCGCGACGUCGCAACACCACCUCUCCCAUCGCCCGGCCUUAAUCGAGAGUUCCAACCCGCCACGUCCCCGUCCUUCCCCCAACUCCCGCAAUGGCAGCUUCGCAUAGUUCAAUGGCGAGGGUGCCGUCGAGGUGCAAAGCAGAGACGGCGCGGGCCACGGUCACGUUCGAGGUCGCCGGCUAUAGCCUGCUCAAGGGCCUUGGUAGAGGCAAAUUUCUCAAUUCUCCGGCAUUCACCGUCGGCGGCUACGAAUGGUGCAUCCGCUACUACCCCGACGGCCACGAAAGCCUGGGCGAGGCGGGCGAAGGUUACGUCUCUGUCUUCCUCCAGCUCUUGACCGAGAACGCCGAGGCGACGGCGUUCUUCAACUUUUGGCUUGUGCUGCCGGUUGGGGGGAAGUCGAUUGUGGUGCACUCCGGCCAACCGCCAGAAGUGUUCGACCAUAGAUGGCCAGCUUGGGGCGUACCAAAGUUCAUGAAGAGGACUGCUGAAAUAGAGUCGCUGUACCUGCGGAAUGAUUGUCUCGUGAUCGAGUGCGAAGUCAGUGUUAUCAAGGAAACAUUCGAGGUCCAUGUUCCGCCGUCCGACCUUUCGGAUAAUCUUGCAAAAUUACUGGAGGGGGAGAAAGGAGCAGACGUGACUUUCAAGGUUCAAGGGGAGGUUUUUUCUGCUCAUAAGAUUUUGCUCGCGAUGCGGUCGACGGUUUUCGACGCGAAGUUCUACGGGCCUAUGGGGGACAAAGAGGCACAUGACAUAUCUAUCGACGACAUGCAGCCUGCUGUUUUCAAGGCAUUUCUUCACUUCAUCUACACUGAUUCAAUGCCUUCAAUGGAUAAUCUUGAUGAUGAUGACAGAAGAGAAAUGGUUAAACACUUACUCGUGGCUGCCGACAAGUAUGCCAUGGAAAGGAUGAAGAUGAUAUGUGAAGGCAUGCUAUGCAAGAGUCUUGAUGUUGAGACUGUGGCGACCGUAUUAUCUCUGGCUGACCAGCAUCAUUGCACUAACCUCAAAGAUGCUUGCAUUGAAUUUAUGCUCUCUUCAAAUAGAAUGAAUGAUGUGAUCGCAAGCCAAGGUUAUCUGCACCUCAAGAGAUCUUCUCCUGAUCUCAUCGUGGAUGUGUUGGAGAGAGCAGCUAAGUCCUGCAAGAUUUAGUGCGCCAACAUGGCAUGAGCUACUGCUAAUCCUUCAGUUCUGGUAGAUCCUUGGAGGCACAGGCCUUGUGUUGGACUGGAGAAAGCAACUAAGUCUUGCUAAAUUUAACAUCCUCGUCCUGGGUUAGCUUCCAUCUAGUAAUGCAUAGCCACCUGAGAUCUUUUGGUUGAAGCGAGUUGGUUUUGUAAAAUCUGUGUCUCCUAUGUAUUGGUUCGCCUGUCUGAUAUAAGUAUAUA